GACCCACCAGAUGAACCGCUCCCGCCGUGGAGCACCACAACGGAUUCUCGAGGUUGGAUUUGUGACAAGAUACCCCAGGACCGCGCUUGAUUCACACCCAGCGCACAUGCAGCAGCCUUCGACAUGACAACGAGCUCAGAAGAAGACGAGGACCAGUACCCCACCCAGCUCGGCGGCCAGUCGGACGACGAUGAGGUGAACUUUGCCUACUCGUCCACCGAGACCAGCGACGGCGGCAACGGCUCCGGAGACGACGACGCCGACAACGACGGCGAUGACGACGACGACGAGGCGCCACGGCCCCCGCCGCCCUUCCAGCACAACUUCGCGCCGCCCUUCUACGGCCGCCCGCCGACGCCGCUGCCCCCGUCGCCGUCGCUGACGUCUCUGCUGCGGCCGUCGCGGCCGACCACCCCGGACGCGUCCGACGACGAGCAGCCCGAGAACCCGGUGCCGCGGGCGACCCCCCAGGUGCCGACGUACGAGUACUACGGCUUCGUGCUGUACCUGCUCUCGUCGCUCGCCUUCCUCAUGUACCUGCUGUGGAGCUACCUGCCCAGCCCGUUCCUGCACGCGCUGGGCAUCUACUACUACCCCAACCGCUGGUGGAGCCUGGCCGUGCCCAGCUCCAUCGUCAUGUCGCUGGUCUACGUCUACGUGGCGCUGGCGAGCUACAACCUCGAGGUGCUGACGCUGCCGCUGCGCUCGCUCGAGACGGUCGUCGACUCGGCCGGCAAGGUCGCCGUCGUCGACGCGCGCGGCAGGAUCAAGGGGCUGAACAGGGACCGGGUUGCAGCGGCGGCGGCGGCGGCUGCGGGCGGAGGAGGGGUCUCGGGAGCGGGAGCGGGAGCGGCGGCGACGACGGCAGCGGCGAGGAGCAGCAGGAAGCAACAGGACAAGGCGGACGGCGCAGCUACGGCGGCGGCGCCAGGGCCUGGCAGGAGGAGGAAAAGCACAAUUGGCCUGCCGGGGCCUGGCGAGCUGGACUGGAGGAACAUCUGGAACAUUGGCACCGACGCCGUCAUGGACGUGCCGUUGGCCGGAGUUUGUGAGAUUUUGUACGGGUACGGGUACGACGACCACGGCGAUGACGCGCUGGGGUAUGCACAAUAGUAGCAACACGGUCGGUCGUUUUGCUUGACUGCGAGCCGCAAGCGCUCUUUUUGCAGCGUGGACAUCUACCACCUACACCUAUACCCAAUCUGAUAUUUGUCCUGGGCGGUGCGCAAGCCACACAUGCGCAAGGAGCUGGCAAGAGCUCCCGCCACAGUGCGCGUCAAGCCACAUAUUUGACGCGACUUCGAAAAUCCCAAAUUGAGGAAGCGCCGCCCACUCCACUCCACUUGAUCUUCUGGGGGCCUGGAAUGGGAGGGAGCUUGGACAGCCAAAGCAGUGCAAAGCAAACAGUACCACCGCCACCAUAACCAAGCAACGAUUUAGCUCACACCCCAGACCACACA